AUGGCGGAUGCGAAGAGUGUUGUGCCAAAGGCGCGCGUGGAGGUGCAGGGUGUGCCGACGGAUAUCCUUGUUCUCCGCUUUGCCAAUGCAACCCAAGUCUGGAUCACACAGCUCGAUCGAGCUGGCACCGUGGUCGGGUUGGACGUGUUGGCGAAACAGGUUGCCACGCUCUUGCACAAGCGUGACAUGGUCGGGGCAAAGAAGCCGCUCUGCUUCACGUGCUCCCUCAAGUCCUACGACCAAGCCACCGUCAAGGAUAUCCUCAGCCAUGUCGACACGCUGGCAGGAAACCUCAAAUGA